UUAAAAAAAAUUUUCACCAGAGUUUUCUUCGAAAUCGAAUUCUUCAGAUUUAAUUAAAGAUAAAAUAAUCAAGAUUGAUCAACAAAAGACGUCCUAAUGUCCGAUUCGAAGAUUAGAUACCGACGCGAGAGUUUGCACACCAUAUAAAUAUACGCCCAUGUUUUUCUGCAGCUCGCAGUGUCAUUCGUACUGUUUAAUAAAACGCUAAUUUGGAACAACUGUCGAAAUAUUUACAUAAACUUAUAACAAGUCGUAAACAGUAAAUAACCGUUCUAGGGCUGAAAGAUGAAGCUGAUAACGCUCGGGUUUAUCCUGAUCUGUUGCAAUGCCUGGGCAACAAGCACAUAUAAAAAUGUGUUAGAAGAUAUUCUCAUAAAAUUUAAAACUCAAUUAAAGACUGGAAACGAGAAACUUGGACUUCCGAUUCUUGAUCCAUACAGGGCGGAUCAGCUAGACAUCAACUUUAACGAGGAUAUAAUAAAAUUGAACGCGACUUUAAAGAAAAUCGGCGUAAAUGGCUUGUCUGUAUAUGACAUCAUUAAAGCUGACUUCAAACCGAACUAUUAUAUUUCCACGACUAUUCAUCUUUCGUGGCCGCUGGUAGUCGUGAGCACCAACUAUUCUGCAAACGUUACAGCCGAUGAAUUAGAAUUGUACGGCAAAGGACAAAUAAAUAUGUUCGCACAUUACUUGGCUUUCGAAACGCAUAUUGAUUUUAUAACGGACGGUGGAUUUAACGGAUACCUAAAAAUAAAAGAAAUGAAAUUAAAUCUUUCUCUGAAAUCGCUAGAUUUUCAAGCAACAGGUCUCUAUAACGACGAUGAACUGUCCAAAGUAUUGAGUUACGUAAUUUCUGAUAUGGCACCUAAGUUUCUUAGCGAUGAGAUGGUUGUAAAUAGAGUUACACAAAUUGUAAGGAAAAAAUUCGACAGUGUUUUGUCCAGUAUAAGGAUCUUAGACCUAUUAACACUACUUCUAUAAACUUUAAUGUCUUAGUUUAGCGUUAAA